AAAGGGAGAAAGAAAAGUGCAUCAUCCUAGGGUGCAUCCUAGUGCAUCAUCCAUCAAAUACGUGGGAGUAGGGUUAGCCGCGAUUGCAGCGCCGCGGUGCAUCUCGACGGCGAUGUCCGGAGAUAAAUUGAUGUAGUAUUGCGCAUGCGCGUAUAAAAUUUCUCCCUUACACCGUCCCGCCACCUUUGGACGAACCGAAAUAAAUCGAACGACGCCGAGUCGAUCAGCAGUACGGUAUUCGUUGGACGCGACCGUUUUUUGCAUUUAGUGAUGAUCAGGACGAGUCGUCGUUGUUGUCGUCGACGUUGUUGUUCGUGGCACUGUGCGAAAACGAAGUAGCAAUUGUAUAGACGGGGGACACGCACAGUUCAGAAAUAAAUAAUCGUUCGUUCGUGAGAGAAAAGAAAUUAAAAAGAAAGAAAAAAUAAACAGAAGAAGAUAAACAAGACGAAAGGAAAGUAAGGGAUAAAAGUAAAGAAGGAAGGAAGAAAUAAAUAAAUAAAAAAAAAAAGGAAGAGGAAGAACGAGGAACGAGGACACGCGCGUCGUCGUUUGCUGCCGCGGCCACGGAUGCAUAUGGAGGUGUCCCCGAACCGGCGCUGUCUGAACCAGCUCAACAGCUGAUCGGAGUACGAAGCGGCGGUGAACGGGGCCACUAUUGCACCACCACCCCGCAUAUUUGCAAGAUAAUCGUUAAGGAAUAAUAACGAGAUCUUUUAAAGGCUCACGUGUUUGAAAGAGAACUGUGUUGGUGGUAGAAGGAAAGAGAAAGAAAAAAAAAAAGAAAAAAGAAAGAGAGAGGUGUAGCAAACAAGAUUUAUAAACGAGAAUAAAAACGAGUUAGAAAAUAAAUACCAAGAAAAAUUAAUAAAACACAGGGGGCAAACAAUAUACGAAAAACAAAAACAAAAAAAAACAAGAAAUAAAAUACAAAUUUUAACAACCAAUAUAUAUAUAAAAAAAAAAAUAAUAAUUACAAGAGGGAAUGGUGCAUAUAAUAUAAAUAACAGGAGCAAAAUAAUAUUAAAGACAAAAUAAUAAUAAGAAGAAGAAGAAAAAGAAAAAGAAACUAAAUAAAUAAAUAAAUAAAAAAGAGAGAAUAAUUUAAAUUCGCUUGGACACGGCAUCAUGGUCAAAACUUUCCAAGCGUAUCUGCCCUCCUGUCAUCGCACUUACUCGUGCAUUCACUGCCGUGCUCACCUCGCCAAUCACGACGAACUCAUCUCUAAGUCCUUCCAGGGCAGUCAAGGACGUGCCUAUCUCUUCAAUUCUGUGGUAAACGUGGGUUGUGGUCCUGCCGAGGAACGUGUCCUCUUAACCGGCCUUCAUGCGGUCGCUGAUAUUUAUUGCGAAUGCUGCAAGACGACUCUCGGUUGGAAAUACGAGCAUGCCUUUGAGUCGAGUCAAAAGUACAAGGAGGGUAAAUUCAUAAUUGAGCUAGCCCACAUGAUCAAGGAAAAUGGAUGGGAAUGAAACCUUCUUAGGGGAAAUUUCGAAUAAUAUUCCCCCAGAUCUUGAAUCGUUCGUCCGAACUUCGUUCCUUGGCGAUGCCUAAGACGAUGAUAAUGAUAAUAAUAAUAAUGAUGAUGUGAUGAUGAAUACGACGAUGAUAAAGAAGACGAUGACGAUAUUUAAACAAAUUAAAAUGAAGAAGAAAAAUAGGGAAAAAAAG